AUGGAUUUAAUGGCCCUAGUGCCCGACUUUGAGCCACAAAAUAAAAGGGAGCCGGUUGUAAAACACGAUUGCGAAGUCGAGCCCGAGGAAGACGUGGUCAAGGCUUACGCGGGUGACAGCGGCUAUUACGGCCACGUCAGGCGAUGGCUCGUACGACAACGGAUACUCUCGACCACGCACUACUACGCCCAGACCUGCCUCAAGAGCACCACGGCCGUCAGGCGCGAGAUGAGCCAGCACCUCCGGGAGUUUCCCUACAUGGUCCAUCCGUUCAGUCCGUUCAGGAACUCUUGGGAUAUUCUGAUGACCUUCUUCACGCUGGUCGCCCUCGUGAUAACGCCCUUUUUGAACGCCUUCUUCUUCGACGACCAGCAGCACAGUUUGAUCUACAUAUUUUUCAUCGACGCCGUUCUGAUCAUGGACAUAACCCUGAACUUUUUCACGGGCUACUACGAACAGUGCACCAAAACCGUCUUUUUGGACCGGAAAAUCGCGUCCACAAAGUACAUAAAGAGCCGUUUCAUCUUCGACCUGCUGUCCGCCGUGCCGGUCGAAGUGUUUGAUAGCUUGGCGCACGGGAAGACGCACGCCGACUGGUACUGCUCGACUAUGAACUUUGUGAAAAUAUUCCGAAUGAGGAAUCUCAUCGACUACAUAAACCAGUUUCACAAGGCCUACCACUUGUCCUUUCACACGGUCAAAGUCCUGAAACUCGCCAUAAUCAUCAUCGUCAGUCUGCACUGGUCAGCCUGCCUCGUCUACUACGUGCCCAUGCUCGUUAUGGAAUUCGACGAGGUCGACGAUACGCUAUCGAAGUCCUGGAUAAUGAGCGAGGCCAUGAGAAAGCGCGACUCUAAGCUGAAAAAGUACAUCCUAAGCCUCAACCGCGCCACGAUAUCGCUCGUCAGUUCGUCCCACUAUCUGCCCGUUACGACCACGGAAGACAUGAUAAUGAAUUUUGUUCUGGCCGUGUUCGGCAAAAUCGGAUUCAUUUACUUGCUCUCUCAAUUUUUGCAACUCAUGUCGACCUUCCAAUCCUCCGAAAAAGAGCGCCUGAAGCUCAUGCAACAACUGCAGGAGUACAUGCAAUAUAAGGAACUGUCUCGCGUCACGCAAAAAAGACUGAUGGUCUACUGCAACUACUGGUACAAGAAGAACUUUAACCGCGACAGGCACAUACUCAACCAAGUGUCCGAGCCCCUUCGAGAACAACUGGUUUUCCACAACUACAAGAAACUUCUCGAGACGGUCGAUCUGUUCAAGUUUCUGCCCGAAUCGGCAGUCAUACAGCUGGUGAACUACGUGAAGCCCGAAAUCUACUUGGCGAGCGAUGUGAUCGUCAAGUCAGGUAGCCAGGGCGAGCACUUGUUCUUCAUCGGUUCGGGCACGGUGGCGGUUUACACGAGUUUGGGAAAAGAAGUGUGCCACCUGGAGGACGGCUCGUACUUUGGCGAGAUAGCCCUGGUGAUGGAGAACGAGCACCGAAUGGCGAGCGUCGUUGCGAUCGAGACCUGCGAGAUCCUCGUCGUGCCACGCGAGUCGUUCCAGCAGGUGAUCGCACCCUACCCAAACCUGCUCAGCCGUUUGCAAAAGGUGGCUCUGGAGCGGUUGGAGAAGACUCUCAUACUAGACGAGAUUUGCCGUCUAGAGGAUCCGAACCCGAAUUACAUCAACAUCAGUAAUAUCAGAACCACCAGAAGGGAGUAA